AUGCUUUGUGCUGACGGUUCGGGUCCACGAGAAGGAUCGAUUUCUAUAGAGCGAAUCGAUCAAGCCGGAAAGUUGCUGAAUGAUGGCACCCAACCGUUGGCAAAACGUUUCCAAGCCUUGUUCUUUCUGCGAAACAUUCGAUGCGAUCGAUCGGUGAGUUGGAUAUCAAAAGGAUUCUCCGACCCAUCGGCUCUUUUGAAGCAUGAACUCGCCUAUUGCCUUGGGCAGAUGGAGAACAAAGCCGCCGUCCCGGAAUUCAAAUUUUUGGAACCAAUGGUUCGUCAUGAAGCGGCUGAAGCCCUUGGAGCUAUCGGUGACCAUGCUGUGAGAGGCGUUCUUCAAAGUUAUUGCAAUGAUCCCAUGCCUGAAGUUGCUGAAACCUGUCAGCUUGCCCUGCAGCGUUUGGAUUACGUUUCGAAUGGAGGAAAAACCACUUCUCCAUACGAUUCAAUUGAUCCGACUCCCUCGGCUGAAACAUCCGAUAUCGCUCAACUUCAGGAAACUUUGACAAAUGAGAAGAAUUCGUUAUGGGAUAGGUACAAAGCAAUGUUCAAGUUGAGGAAUAUUAGCACGGACGAGUCGAUUAAAGCUUUAGCGUCAGGUCUUUAUUGUGAGGACAGUGCCUUGUUUCGACACGAGAUCGCCUAUGUGCUGGGUCAAGUGCAAAAUGCGACAGUUAUCCAGGAAUUAAAGGAUCGUUUGAUGCUCUCGAGUGAGAACUGUAUGGUGCGACACGAGUGUGCUGAGGCAUUGGGAGCAAUUGCUACGGAUGAGUGCGAAAAGAUUCUCAAGGAAUAUGCAAAAGACAACGAGCAAGUCGUUCGUGAAUCUUGUGAGGUGGCGCUCGACAUGGCCGACUACGAGAACUCGGAGCAAUUCCAAUACGCAUCACACUACUUUGAUCAGCCGACAAUCGCCCCAUCGGUGAGCACCCAGUCCACCGGUUUGCCCGUUUCCUCAAUCCCACCCACAAUCACCACUCAAUCAAUCUCAUUAACAUCAACGUCAACCACUUCAACUCCAUCAUUCACUGGAUCAACGACAAUCCGGCCAUACUAUACCUCACCGGCGCCUGAUCCCUUCGCGAUCGGGACACUGAAAAUCGGAUUUAUGGUGGCGGACGGCAUUCGCCCAACGGAGAUCGGUUUCUCGCAAUCGGGCGGUGUCAUCUCCAUCGCUUUAGACGAGAUGCGGCGUCAAAAUAUUCUCAAUCAUUGGAACAUUGAAUUCUAUCUAAAUUUCACCGAAUGCAACGAGACAACGGCAGCGGGGACAGCCGUCGAAAUGUUCACGCAAACGAAAGUUGAUGCCGUCAUUGGACCACCGUGUAAUCAGGCGAUCUUCCCAGUGGCCGUCCUCUCCUCAUUCUACCAAAUCCCGCAAUUCGUUUGGGGUUACUCGAAUGCGAAUGCGUACGCGAAUGGAAAUCGUUUCCCGUAUCUGAAUGUGAUUACGCCGAACUCAUUACAAUAUGGUUAUGCUCUGGUUUCAAUCAUGCAAUUGUACAAUUGGAAUCAAGUUGGCAUCGUUUAUUCGACUGACGAAGUAGCUUACUGUGACAAUAUGAUUGCUGACUUUGAGACAGCAGUCGCCGAUCCAAUCGUCUACGGAGUGGAUAUUACGAUCAAGGCAACCGUUGACAGUCUUAAUUCGACGAGUUUCGAUCCAGUGAUGUCGAGAGUGAAACAAAGGGCAAGAGUUGUUUUGUUGUGUUUCAUGUCCGACUAUCGAUAUCGUCAAUUUUUCAUUUCGGCUUAUCGAAAUAACAUGACUGGACCGGAUUAUGUGUAUAUUGGGCUAAAAAUGGGUGGAUACGGCUUCGCGCAAGCCAGCUAUGUCAACUCGACGAGCGUUGAUCGAUUCUCUGACGGCUCUGUGCCGAUUUGGGUGGAUGGGUAUCGAAACAAUGUGGAUGGGCAGAACAACAAUGCCAAAAUGGUUGCGUCAAGGAUCUUGAUUUUAGACAUUCAACGAUCAAUGUUGAGCGUCUCGGGGAUGAAUGCGGACGAUUAUCGAUAUGCUGUGCUUACAAAACUACGAGAUUAUCCAUUCUAUUGUGGGACGGUGAAUUGCACGAACAACAUUGACACGGGUGAUGGGGUUGCUGUUUACACAAGUUAUUUCCAUGACGCUUUUUUUCAAUUCGCUCUCGUCGCCAAUGCAAGCCUUGCCAACAACAAUAAUGUCUAUGAUCCGGUGAAAGUCAACAGCUAUGUCUCGUCGACAAUCUCGUCGUUUCAAGGCUAUUCGGGCUUUGUUGAAAUGACCAGCAAUGGAACGCGUCUCCCACAAUUCUUCCUCUACGGUUUAGAUCCAAAUUAUCAACAAAAACUCUUCCUCAACAUUUCUCCGAUUUCCGACGAUUCUUAUUAUAUGUCAGUCACUGAACUCUACACGAGUGAGACUGGAUCGAUUUGGGCGAAUCGCGGUGGGGUGAGGCCAUUGGCAAAGCCGGUUUGCGGAUUCACUGGCGAUGAGUGUCCACAAAGCGUUUGGCAGCAAAGCGGUGGGUACAUUAUUGGCGGCGGAGUGUUGCUGAUCGUGUUCAGCAUUGCGCUUAUUUUCCUCGCGAUCUACUUAUACUAUCAGAAAAAGCGGGAGCAGGAGCGCCUCGACGCCGAGUGGAAAAUCCCGCACUCGAUGCUCGAGACGCCAAAUAUGAGGGAAAUCGACAAAUCAAAGAUCUCACUUCAAUCGGGCAACUCAGGCAACUCGAAAAACACCCAAGGAACGCAGAGGACUACGAAAUCGACAUCGACAAUGAAUGAUAAAAGCGUAUUUUUCCUUUCUGGUGAGCCAGUGCAAACGAAAACCCACCAUCAGACGGCUUACUUCACUGAGUUUGAUUUUAAACAGUUUAGAGAGAUGCGAAAAAUGGAACACGACAACAUUUGCCGUUUUUUGGGUCUUUGCAUUGAAGUUGCACCGCCGAUGUCAGUGUGGAAAUUUUGUGGACGCGGCUCGUUGGAUGAAGCAAUCAUGAAAUCAUCGCUCGAGUUCGACGGUUUCUUUAUGUAUUCCCUGAUUCGAGAUAUUGUUGCCGGAUUGGCGUACAUUCACAAAUCGACUCUGCAAAUGCAUGGACGAUUCAGUUCUCACAUUUGCAUGAUUGACGAUCGAUGGCAAUUGAAGAUCAGCGGCUUUGGGUUGACGUCACUCAAGGAAAUCAACAGUGAAGAAGCAUAUCAAGGUUUACUCUGGACUUCACCCGAGAUUCUUCGCGGAAACGUUGUCCGGUCGAAAGCCGCUGAUGUUUAUGCUUUCGCCAUCGUUGCCUCACAGAUUGUCACAAGGAAAAGCGCUUUUAAUUUCGAGAAUCGACGAGAGAGUACAGAAGAAAUCGUUUAUGCCGUGAAAAAGGGGUUGAAUCCGUUGAUGAGGCCGUCAAUUGAAGUGCCCGAUGGAGUGGAUUUAAGUCCGGCUAUUAUACAUUUGAUUCGAGAUUGUUGGGCAGAAAGUCCCGAUGAUCGUCCGUACAUUGAAACAACAGAGAACCUCGUGAAAGCGAUGAAUAUUGGAAAGAAUCAAAAUCUGAUGGAUCAUGUGUUCCAAAUGAUGGAAUCAUAUGCAGAAACAUUAGAGAAAGAAGUCGAAGAUCGAACGAAACAAUUGAGUGAGGAGAAGAAAAAGAGCGACAUUCUGUUGAAUCGCAUGUUGCCAAAACAAGUGGCCGAACGCUUGAAAUUGGGUCAAUCAAUUGAGCCGGAGAGCUACGAGAUGGUCACGAUUUUCUUCUGCGAUGUUGUCAAAUUCACGAAUUUAGCCGCUCGAUGCACUCCUUUACAAAUUGUCAACAUUCUCAACGACUUGUACUCCACUUUUGACACUGUUGUUGAAAAGCAUUCCGUUUAUAAGGUGGAAACAAUUGGAGACGCGUAUCUUUGUGUUUCUGGAUUGCCAGUGCGGAAUGGGGUUCAACACGUGAAGAAUAUUGCCGAUAUGUCGCUUGAUUUCUUGGAAACUGUAAAGGGUUUCCGAAUCAGUCAUAUGCCGACUGAGAGAAUUCAAUUGAGAGUCGGAAUGCAUUCAGGGCCUUGUGUUGCCGGGGUGGUUGGGUUGACAAUGCCGAGAUACUGUCUCUUUGGUGACACAGUCAACACAGCAUCACGAAUGGAAAGCAACGGGAAACCGAGCAUGAUUCACGUAUCAGCAGAGGCUCACGAUUUGUUGCUGAAAUUCCCAGGAUAUAUAAUGGAGGAACGAGGAGAAGUUAUCAUAAAAGGUAAAGGAGUCAUGGAGACUUUCUGGUUGCUCGGCCGAAACGACAAUACA